AUGGAUCCAGAUACAGUCGAAGCGAUGUCCGAUCUCGCCAAAUCCAUCGACUUCACAUGGAUGUUUGUCUGCUUGGUACUGGUCGUCCUGAUGCAAGCUGGGUUCGCAGCCUACGAGGUGGGGAGUAUCAGAUCGACUUCCGCAAGCUCUAUUCUCAAGAAGAAUAUCGGAGACGCCACCUUAAGCCUUAUCGCGUGGGUUUUGGUGGGAUACGCCCUCUCUGACGGGAAAGAUCAACUCCGCAUCGUCGGUGGAAGCUACUUCGGUCUUGUGCAAGGAGAACCCUUCGAGGCAACCGAUGACAGAGACGUCGGCACGGCUUUGCUCGAGUGCUUGUUCCGGUGGUCCUUUGCCGCAACUUGUACGACCAUUGUUUCAGGUGCUGUCGCCGAUCGCAUUUACGUCAAGGCCUACUUCGUAUAUGCAUUCUUGACAUCUGCCGUGUUCUACCCCUUGCUUGCUCACGCUGUCUGGGCCGACGAGGGGUGGGCCUCUCCGUUCCUGACGAGUGAAGGAGAGUCGGCUGCUUUGUUAAAUUGCGGCUUUGUUGACUUCGCUGGAUCGGGCGUGGUUCAUAUGCUGGGAGGUGGCAUUGGCUUGGUACUGUCGAUAAUGGUGGAGAAUCGGUCGGAUAGGUUCAUCGACGCCGACCCGGAGCUCGUGGAAAAGAACACGUCAGCAACUCUCGAUCGUCGCCUUUUUAAGGUCAGCCACAACCUCCUUCCACGUGACAGGUAUGGCUUCAACUGCGGGUCUACUCUUCAAAUUUCGAGCGAGGAAACCCGGAAUGCCGCCGGACGUGCGGCUUUGAACACUACGAUUGGGGCAGCCGUCGGGUGCGUAUCGUCGAUGGGCUUCGAAAUUAUGUACCACUGGUGGUCGCCGAAAUAUCGUCGAGGAGAGUUCAUCAACGACCCCCUCGACUACCUCCCACAGACCAAAAAUGAAUGUUCGUUGAAAGGCAAGGUGAAUCAGUUGUCAUCGCCAGCUGGGGCGGGCCCUCGAAGAAGGAAGACUACCGGGGCCACCGACUACGUAGUCGACCCCGAGGACGAGCACAACCAUGGCACGUUCAGGUGGCGCCUCAGCACCCACAAGUCCAUCCACGGGGCGGCCUGCAACGGGGUCAUAGUCGGCCUUGUCGGCGUCACCGCCGGCUGCGCUACGAUGCUCCCAUGGCACGCGAUCUGGGUGUCUAUCGUCUCUGCACUCUUGUACCACGUGUCGUACCGUGGCAUCAUCUGUUGUAAAAUCGAUGACGCCAUCAACGCCGCCGCCGUGCAUCUGGUAGGUCGGUUUGCCCUCCACAUCAUCGUCCUUUGA